CGCGAGUGCCACAAGCGACAGCGACUGCGUGCUUGGCGGUCUCGGCUGCGUGCCGCACGCUUCAGUUCCCCACCGGAAAGAGCGGCCGCACACUUCACCCGUACGGCAGUGCUCUGCUUACGGGGGCGCAGCGUGCCGGAAGCCCCGCCGUUGUUACCGCUACAGGUAGCCGGCAAGUGGAGCACCGCGCCACACGCCAGCAUGACGGCGCCGCACGAGGACGACGUCCGCAACGGCAACGUCAAGCAGCCGCCACAACCACAGCAGGAGCGGGACUUGGAAGGCGGUGGGUGUUGCGCGGGGCGGCGGGGGCGCGCGUGUCGGCUGGCGGCCGUGAUGCUGGUGGUGGGCGCGGCGGCGUGCGCGUGCGCGGCCGCCGUCUGGCUGCUGCUCGGCCCCAUCAACCUGGUGCAGCUCGUGCUGGUCGCCGCCGUCGCCUACCUGGCGGCCAGCGGCGGCUUCCACUGGCUCUACGUCGCCGCGCUUACGGCGCCCAGGGACAUCAAAGCCUUGACAAGAUUCAUCUGUUUGAAGCUGCAAGUGCGUAGUCAUAUGAAGAAGAACAUAUCGAUUGGGGAAAUUUUCCAGCAGCAUGCCAAGAAGCACCCAAACAAGCCUUGCCUGCUGUUUGAAGAUGAGGAAUGGACAUUUGGCCAGGUGGAAGAAUACAGCAACCGUGUAGCAAGUGUAUUUGCAAGUCUUGGAUUCAAGAAGGGCGAUGCAGUUGCCAUCUUCCUAGAAAACAGACCAGAAUUUGUCUGUCUGUGGCUGGGCCUCUCAAAAUUAGGUGUUAUUGCACCUCUCAUAAACUUCAACUUGCGCCAGUAUCCAUUGGUACAUUCAAUAAAGGCUUCAAACUGUACAGCAGUCAUAUUUCAGAGGGAACUUGCACCAGCAAUUAAAGACAUAAAAGAGAGUUUGCCAGCCAGUGUGCAGCUUUACCAGUGGUACACUGGUUCAGCUAGCAGUGACAUAUCUGCUGCACUUGGGGAGAAAGACCUCCCUCAGCUGCUGGCGGCAGCCUCACCCACACCAACCACUGUGGUAGACAAGCCAGCCUAUGAUGAUCCCCUCCUGUACAUUUACACCUCGGGCACUACUGGACUACCCAAAGCUGCUGUUAUAAGCCAUGCAAGAUUUGAGUUUAUUGCUGCUGCUAUUAGUUGGCUUGCUGGAUUUAAAAACUCAGACCGUUUCUACACACCUCUUCCAUUAUACCAUACUGCAGGAGGUGUGAUGACCAUCGGCCAGGCACUUCUAUAUGGGUGCACUGUUGUCAUACGUAAAAAAUUCUCUGCCUCGGCAUACUUUUCUGAUGUGAAGAAAUACAAGUGCACGGUGGGGCAGUACAUAGGUGAAAUGUGUCGCUAUAUUUUAGCUGUGCCACCAAAGCAACAGGACAAAGAUCAUACAAUAAGACUGAUGUUUGGGAAUGGUCUGAGGCCACAAAUAUGGAAAGAAUUUGUUAAAAGAUUUAAUAUUCCUAGAGUGGCUGAAUUUUAUGGAGCAACAGAAGGAAAUGCUAAUAUUGUGAACAUUGACAACACUGUUGGUGCAAUUGGUUUUGUCUCAAGAAUCAUCCCAUCUGUAUAUCCUUUAUCCAUCAUAAAAGUGGAUCCAGCAACUGGAGAACCAAUUCGAAAUGCAAAGGGCCUCUGCAUAGAAUGUGGACCAGGAGAACCAGGUGUGUUCGUAGGUAAAAUAAUUCAUAAUGACCCAUCAAGAGCAUUUCUUGGCUAUGUGGACAAAGCAGCUUCACAGAAGAAAGUGAUACACAAUGUACUGCGAAAAGGAGAUUCUGCAUUUAUAUCAGGUGAUAUUCUUGUAGCAGACAAAUGGGGCAAUUUAUUUUUCAAGGAUCGAACAGGAGAUACAUUCCGCUGGAAGGGUGAAAAUGUUUCUACAACAGAAGUAGAAGCUGUUGUUAGUAAUGUUGCUAACUACAGGGAUUCUGUUGUUUAUGGAGUCCAGGUGCCGGGGAUGGAAGGCAGAGCAGGAAUGGUAGCCAUUUUAGAUGAAGAUAGCACCUUAGACCUAAAAGCAUUUGCUGAAGGCCUGAAACAGUCUCUGCCAUCUUAUGCUCGACCUAUUUUUCUCAGAAUUCUAAAAAAGGUUGACAUGACAGGUACCUAUAAACUGAAGAAAAAAGAUCUUCAGGAUGAAGGCUUUGAUCCUACAAACAUCAAAGAUAGAUUGUAUUACCUCUCUUCCAAUGGGACAUAUGAGCUUCUCACAGAGGAUGUGUUCUCACAAAUAAAUAAUGGAAAGAUAAGAUUCUAGAAAACAUUUCUCAUUUAAAAGGUUAAACUGCAUGAAGGAAAGAGAAAUCAAAGUUCAGCAAACAUUACCUACUACAGGAUGAAGUUCCUCAAAAGCUGAAUCAGAAUUGCUGCUCUUACAUGGAAACUGAAGUUGAUACAUAGUUUAUUUUGUACUUUAAAAUAAUGUGAAAAAUUUGUUAAGUGUUACCAUCAACAUGGACAGAGUGUGAGGUCAAGUAUAAGUGUUUUAUUCCUUCAGUGAAGGACAGGAACAUGAAUGUAAAAUGACUGAAGUUAUAGACAUGCUACAUUUGUUGUAAUAUAUGUCAGUUUUAAGAAUAUAUGGAUUCCUAUUGGUAAAAAAUAA